UACAUUUGCAUGAUCUGUGAUAUUUCAGAUUGACUAGAAUGUAAAGAUGGGUAUUUAUCAUAUAUUUAUUGUGAGUAAAUCCGGUGGUCUCAUAUUCAACUACGAUCAUAAUAUUCCACAGCUAGAGAAUGAAAAGACUUACAGUUAUCCGUUGGAUAUAAAGCUGAAGUUUGAAAAUAAGCGCGUUACUGUUGCUUUCGGAGAACGGGACGGAAUAUGCAUGGGUCACGUGCUCAUGACGGUCAAUGGGCAGGCACUUAACUACGAUAAGCUCCCAGAUGGUACUGGGAUAUUGGAGUUUCUUGAAAACAAGGAUAAUUUCCCUGUGAACCUGAAGUUUGGAAGAGCGAAGAUAACGACGAAUGAGAAGAUUGUCCUGGCGAGCAUGUUCUAUCCUCUCUACGCCCUCGCAGUUCAGCUUAGUCCGGAGCAGGGCUCUUCUGGCAUUCUUGAGCUAGAGUCUGAUACUUUUAAACUCCAUUGUACACAAACAUUAACGGGGAUCAAAUUCAUCAUUGUUGCAGAUCUUAAACAGGCUGGUAUAGAUCAGCUGAUGGAUAAGGUGUAUGAACUCUACGCAGACUUUGCUUUGAAGAAUCCCUUCUACUCCCUCGAGAUGCCAAUCAGGGCAGACUUGUUUGAACAAAAUUUACAAGUAGCGAUAGAUCAGAUCGAGAAAACUGGUUUUAUCUAAAUAUGUAGAAAAAAUAAAGAAAGAAUGUUUCUUAAGUAUUCUGUACUGGAUUUUGCUAAAUGUAUUUAAAUCUGAUGUCUUUUAGCCUACCCAAAGUAAAUAAAAUACCAUGUGAUGAUGUUUAUAUUACAAAAUAACCGUUUCAGUUUUUAAAUAAACUGGAUUUAUUAAUUAUGUUGUUAGUUAAUAUACUUGGCAUUCCUGAUUUGUUUUGUGUUGUCUGAUAAUAGUAUUUUUGUGAAGGGUUACCUCCGAAAGGAUGAAACUUUAACUUUAACAACUCAAAAUUUAUUGAGUCUUUUUAUUUCAUUAAGUACGCCAAAUUAAAUAAGACUUAAUUCAUAUUCAAUUCAUUCAUGUCAUGUUUUUAAUGAGUUUCAGUUCAGGCCGUCAUUAGAGUCUGUGGCCGGUAACCUUUUAUAAUGAAUAAGAAAAAUAUUAGUUUAAAAAUUGAAAUAUUGAAUCAUGAUCAUAAUAUUUGUUUAAAUAAUCAUGAAUCAAUCCCUGAAAUGAUAGUGAUCUCUCCCAAUUUAUUUGUGAUUAAUAGACCAAUAGUUGUUCCUUUCUUGAAAUUGAUCUUUUGAAAUUCCGUAUGAUAAAUGUAAUUGUAAUGUGAGAAUAUGUUAAAUAAAUAAAACUAAAUUAA